AUGAGCGCUCCCCCGCCGUCGACUGGGCAGACGCCCGCCAUUAUCACCCAGGCCCCUCCGCCUGCGACUACCCGCGAGAGCCGCAUCGCUACCCACUCCCACAUCAAGGGCCUCGGUCUCGCCGACGAUGGAACCGCCAUGGAGACGAGCCAGGGUCUCGUUGGACAGCGUUCGGCGCGCGAAGCCCUCGGCCUCCAUCUCGACCUCCUUAGGCAGGGAAAGCACUCGGGACGCCCGCUACUGCUCGUCGGUCCCCCGGGGACGGGUAAGACUGCCCUCGCUGUCGCGCUCUCGCAGGAGCUCGGCUCGCGUGUGCCGUUCUGCGCCAUGGUCGGCUCCGAGGUGUACUCUGGCGAGGUCAAGAAGACGGAGGUGCUCGGAAGCGCCUUCCGACGAGCGAUUGGCCUUCGCAUCAAGGAGACGAAGGAGGUGUACGAGGGUGAGGUGACGGAGCUCACGCCAUCGGAGGCUGAGAACCCUCUCAGCGGAUACGGCAAGACGAUCUCGCACGUUAUCGCUGGCCUGAAGACUGUCAAGGGAACAAAGCAGCUGCGCCUCGAUCCGUCGGUGUAUGAGGCGAUUCAGAAGGAGCGUGUUGUCGUCGGCGACGUCAUCUACAUCGAGGCGAACACUGGUGCUGUCAAGCGUGUCGGCCGCUCGGACGCCUAUGCCUCUGAGUACGACCUCGAGGCGGAGGAGUACGUCCCGCUCCCGAAGGGCGAGGUGCACAAGCGCAAGGAGCUCGUGCAGGAUGUGACACUGCACGACCUGGACAUGGCGAACGCGCGUCCCCAGGGCGGACAGGACAUUAUGUCCGUCAUGGGACAGCUGGUGAAGGGCGGCCGGACCGAGGUGACGGACAAGCUGCGACGGGAGAUCAACAAGGUCGUCGAUCGCUACGUGGAGCAGGGUGUCGCCGAGGUUGUCCCUGGUGUGCUCUUCAUCGACGAGGUGCACAUGCUUGACAUGGAGUGCUUCACGUACCUGAACCGUGCGCUUGAGAGCCCCCUCUCGCCUUAUGUUGUUUUCGCCUCGAACCGCGGCAUCUGCACGAUUCGCGGCACCGACGACGGACCCGGCGUCAUGGCUGAGGGCAUCCGGAGUCCGCAUGGUCUCCCUGUCGACCUCCUCGACCGCUGCAUGAUUGUCAAGACGGAGCCGUACGCGCGCGACGAGAUCCGCACCAUUCUCGAGACGCGAUGCCGCGUCGAGGGUCUCAGCGUGCAGCCCGCUGCGCUCGACCAGCUCGCCGACGAGGGCACGAAGUCCUCGCUCCGUUACGCGCUCCAGCUCCUGACGCCCGCCAUGAUCCUGGCCAAGACGGCGGGCAGGUCAGAGGUCACGACCGACGACAUUGGAGAGCUCAACGGCCUCUUCCUCGACACGAAGCACUCGACCGCCAUGCUCAAGGACAUGGACGCGGCCGAGAAGAAGUACUAG